AUCGUGAAAUAGUCGACCAGUAUGUGUACCUGAUCUAAUAGUUAGAGACUCUCAAGGAUUUUUUUUCAAUGCGUUGGUUCUUAUAUAACAUUUAUAUGCUAAGCUGGUAUCGCAUCAUUCUAUACUGAAUCCAUAUUUCAUUAUUGUUGAUCUACCACUGGUGUGUGUGUUAGUAAAUGUUAGAUAGCACUUAACUUUGAUCAAAUACUCAACAAUAGUGGUCUUUCAAAAAGUUGUUGUUUCUUGGUAUAAAAACAUUGAACGGUUCGUUGAAUGUUAUUUGCGGUUUAUUGUAAAUUGAAAUUUAUCGAAGUGGGGAUUUUAUCGAGUGAUAUUUUAUUUUUUUUAAACUCAAUCAUGUGGUGAUUAUGUUUGUGUAGAUAACAGGUUAGGACAUGGGUCGAGGUAGUUACCACUCCAACAGAGCGGAGUUUCUUUCUGACGAAGCCAUCCUUAAGUACAGCAGAAAUGGCGGUUGUUUUGUCACAACUAAAAAGGCCAUUGGUUUUGUGGUUUUUGCUUUAAUAUCACUAUUGAUAGUCAUUUUGAUAAUGUAUUAUUAUGGACCGACAAAAACGAACGAAACGAUAAUCAAAGAAUCAAAUGACAUUGAAAAAUUAAUUAAUGACACCAUAAACGAAGAAAAAAGUAAAGAGACUAUUAGGUUACCGAAAUCCUUAUAUCCCCAGUUUUAUAGACUGUGGAUACAUCCCAUUUUAGAUGAAAACAGCGAUAGAAAUUUCACGUUUUCCGGUCGAGUUAUAAUCGAAAUUAACUGCGUUGAAGAUACAAACAAAAUCAUACUUCACAUGGAUGAUCUCGAUAUCAGUGAAUCUGAUAUUCAAGUCUAUACAACAAGACAGGUAGAAAUAACCACAGAAUCGCAAAUUUCAAACAAUCCUCCAAAUCACAACGUUUCUCGGAGAGAAGUCGACGACGUAGAAACCGUCGAAGAAACAUUAACAACAACAGAAAUUAUACAAACCACGAUAUUAGAAGAAACAGAAUCUCUUCUCCCAUCGACUACACUUCCACCAGAUCCAACAACCAAUUCAACUGAACCAUCAACAGAAAAAAUCACUUACAGAACUGAAAAUAUUCCAUUACAUAUAAUAACAGUUGAAAAAGAUGAUGUAAAUUUUAAACUCAAGAUACAUUUAGCUCAAGUGAUGGAAAAUGGUAAAACAUAUAUGGUCGAAAUUAAAUUCAGUGGACAAAUUCUAGAGAAUUUGAUUGGGUUGUAUAAAACUAGUUAUGUAGAUACAGAAGGAAAUAUAAGAUGGUUAGCUACGACACAUCUACAACCAAUAUAUGCAAGACGAGUUUUUCCAUGUUUUGACGAACCGUACUUCAAAGCACCAUUUGCAAUUAGUGUUGCUAGAAGAACUAAUCUGACUGUUUUGUCCAAUAUGCCGUUACAACAAACGGAACCAAUGGAAGAUCCAGGUUGGGUCUGGGAUCAUUUCCAAAAAACUCCUCCGAUGUCUACCUACCUAGUGGCUUUUACCAUAAGCGACAUGAAGAGUAUAUCAGCUAACGUGACGGUAGGCCCCCCAGUAAAGAUUUGGGCUAUUAAGAGUGAUUUGACUCAAGCUCAAUACGCCCUUGAUGUUACUAUGGAGCUUUUACCAUUUUUGGAGACAUUUUUCGAUAUGAAGUAUCCAUUACCAAAACUGGAUAUGCUAGCUGUACCUAAUUUCGGAAAAGCUGCAAUGGAGAAUUGGGGUAUUAUUUCAUUCAGAAAAUCAUCACUUUUAUUUGACCCCGAUUCUACAAGUAUCAAAACAAGAAGUUACAUUUUAGCAAAAAUAGCACAUGAAUUAGUUCAUCAAUGGUUCGGAAAUCUUGUAACUAUGGAAUGGUGGUCCGAUUUAUGGUUAAAUGAAGGGCUAGCGACAUUUAUAGCUGAAAUAGCAAUAACAACAUUAAGACCUAAAUGGCACGCUUAUAGCAGCGUGAAAGUGAGAGAUACGUACAAUACUUUAAACUAUGAUAGUUUAAAAUCUGCAAGAAGUAUACAAAGUGAAAUUCUAACUAACGCACAAAUUGAACAAACAUUCGACAGUAUAGUUUAUAGAAAAGGUAGUAGUGUCUUGAAGAUGUUAAACUCGACUUUGUCUUACGAAAUAUUCCAAAAAGGCUUGCAGGAAUUUGUGAAAAAAUAUGCUUACAAAGCUGUAACUCAAGAUCAUCUUUGGUCGCUUUAUACAACGUCAGCUCAAAAUAAGAGUCUCAUUCCUUCUACAGUCACCGUUAAAGAUCUUAUGAAUUCAUGGUCCAUGCAAAGCGGAUAUCCGUACGUUACCAUUACAAGAGAUUACGCAACAGGUAUUGCUAAAAUUAAUCAAACAAAAAUGACAGAAAACACCAAUACUACAUCCGAUGCUCUCUGGUAUAUUCCAAUAACCUACAUCACGACGACAAAUAGUAAUGUUGAAAUCAUUUGGCUAGAAAAUGUUAGAGAAACAACUCUAAAUAUGACCGGAAUCAGUAAUGGAUCAUGGAUCUUAUUGAAUAUAGAUGAAACAGGAUUUUACAGAGUAAACUAUGACACUCAUAACUGGAAACUACUCAUCUACCAGCUAAGGACGGGUCGCAUUCAAAUUCCAGUAACUACAAGAGGACAACUUAUCGACGACUCUUUCGCAUUAGCAGAAUCAGGAAUUAUAAAUUACACUAUAGCUUUCGACCUUGUUAAGUAUCUUUACAUUACUGAGCCAAAUUACAUACCAUGGUACAGUGCUUUGAGAAAUAUGGAAGAGCUGAGAACAAUCAUUAGUAAUUAUGAAUACUCUGGAAUGUACGAUAGUUUUCUUUUGAAACUCGUGAAACCUAUGUAUAAUGAACUGGGAACAGAGACCAGAGUCUACGACACACAAAAUGAGAAACUUCUGAGACUACAUAUUGUUACAUCAGCUUGUAAACUCAGAUAUGGAAAAUGCAUAAUGUGGGCACGAACUAAAUUUUAUGAUUGGAUUCAAAUGAAAGACCCUGAUUCAGAAAAUCCAAUAAAAGUAGACUAUCGAUAUAUAGCUCAAUGUACAGCAAUAAAAUCAGGUGGGCCUUUCGAAUGGGACUUUUUAUGGAACAGAACACGUAAUCCUGCCAUAGCCCCUGUUGAUUUACAAACUGCUUAUCAAAGUUUAGGAUGCACUUACGACCCUUGGCUUAUCAACAGAUAUUUGGAAUACUCAUUGAGUGGGAAUAUUAGCUUGGAAUUCAUCCCUUAUGUGUGGCAGUCCAUAAACCAUCCUGUGGGGAUAAGAACUGGUUUCCAAUUUUUAAGAUUGAAUUGGGAUAGAAUUUAUAAAAGUUAUGAGGAAGUCUACUUAGUUUUUAAUACUAUUUUCCAUGAUUUUCUUGGUCAGUUUUCCACCGAAGCUGAUUUGGAAGACCUAACAACGUUUUACAAAAUCCAUCAAACUGAUUUGAAAACUGUAUCAGGAGUUCUUCAGAGCACAGUUGACCGUAUAAAAGUUAGAAUAAAUUGGAAGACGAAACAUUUGGAGUCUGUAGUAAAUUGGUUGAAGAAAAAUAUUUAUUGAGAUUUUCACAUAUUUUAAAAUUCUACUAGCCUCUGAGCAUAAAGUCGACUCGAAACCAAAGUUAUAUUAUUAGCAAUAAAUAUAGAUAUACAGCAUCAUACUGAAAAUAAUUUUAAACUUUUCUUAUCUCACUUUAUAAAUUCGUUAUUUAUAUUAAAUUUAUUGUUAAAUUAUCUUAUUAAAAAAAUAAAUACCCAAGUGAAUGCGAUACCGAUCUAAUUCAAAAUAUUAUUUAAUCGAUACUAUAUUUUGCUGACAAUCUACAGAAAAUACUUUGUUGAAAGUUGUGCAUUCCUCCCUACUGCUAGUUCGUUGGGAUAUUAAAUAUUUCAUGUCGUCAGAAAAGUGUGGAAACUGUACUUUUCGUACUUACACAAGUUACUUAUCAUACCUACUUUUCGCACUAGCUGCACAAUAUACUAUCAAAUCUUUAGUUGACACCAAUAAUGCAGACUGCAAGACCUGAGAAGUCUGAAGCAUAAUUGCAACUUUAACAUUAGUGCUGGCAAUUGGCCAUAUAAAUGAUUAAUUUUGAUAUAGGAAUACGAUCCCUUACGUAGCCUAGUUGCUGAGAUAUAGGGUGCGUAAAAUUUUAAAUGAAAAUAAAAAAUUUGGCGUAAACAUGAACGCCUUUAAAUUUUUUUUAAUAUAAUAAUAAUAUUUAAUAAACUAAUAAAAAUAUGAUAGGUGCCUACUAGAUUAUAAUUUAGAAAUAUUGAGUCGUAUUCAAUUUACUGCAGACUUUUGUUUAGAGGCAAUUUUCAACAACACCGUUCAUUUUAGCUCCAUAAAAAGUAAUUAGUUUAUUAACUAAAAAGAAUCAGACAAUUUAAAAAAGAAUUUGCUCCAGUGGCGUAAAAAAUAGGGGGAAAAAAGUGACAACUAACCCAGACAGCGCGCCACUGAUUAAAUGUUUCCAAAGUUUGUUAAUGUCAAAAUAUUUUGAACACCCUACAUAUCAGCAACUAGGCCUCGUAAUGCUUCGUAUUCCUAUAUCAAAAUGAAUCGUUUUUAGAGAUCUCUGUGUGGUAGAGCAUUAUUUGUGCAUGUUUGGUAAUUGAAAGUCUUGGAGUAUAAAUGUGAAUAAUUAAAGUUUUUUAGAUGACAUUUUCAUUCUGUUUCAUAAAAUAUAGGUACAAUGAAUUGAUCCUGGCAAUAUUUUCUCAAUCUAAAUGUAUUAUUUCAUGUAUAUUCUUAUAUUCCCAUGUAUAUAAUAAAAAUAUUGUAAAUAACCCCUCCAUCCACACAACACAAUUGUUCUAUUUUGAAUAUAUCAGUGGAGGAAGAUGGUAUAAUGUAAUAAAAUACUCUUUACAAUUCAAAACACUUAUACCACUAUAAACGCCUACGUGAUGAUAUAUUUUUAAGCAAGUAAUAAGAACAUAUUUUGAUCAUUCAAUUUGGGAUAUUAUUCAGUUUAUUAUUACUUAAUAUUGUUGUAACACUGAUGUAAAUACGUAUUUAUUAUUGUUUAAGCUUUGUGUUUUGUUUUAAAUAUAAAUUUUCAACAAUAUAAUCCAUUAUUUACC